GUAUUUUUUUGUCGGAAAGUCCUGUCAGUUUUACCUGCAUCGAAGAAAACAUUCGCAUCGUCCUUUUAGAGAGGACGGAAAACGCUCUUAUUACGAUUUCCGCAUAGAGGCGCGGAAGAUAGACGGGGAGAGGACGAAGGCAGACGCAAAAACACGCAGGAAUUAUUCAUCCAGGAAUCUUCGUGGAGAAAGGUGUGCCAACAUGGCAUUCAGACUUCUAGCAUUUGCGGUUUUGGCUGCAUGCAGUGUUCCCGAUCUCGUCCAUGGAUUUGGAGGACCUGAGUGGACUUGCCAGUCAUGUGACUGCCCACCCCCACAGAAUUUGACGACUUUGGAUUUAAGCUUGUCGACACACAUGUUGCAGAAUCAUUUUUACGUCGACGAGUUCGGCCAGCAACAGCUCUGCUAUUGCCUAUGCGGAGGCAAGCUCGGUGAUCCAUGCACGAUCCGUGGGGACUGUAUCGAAGGGUUGUUCUGCGCCGACCGACCGACCAAGGACAGUCUUUUCGGUGUUUGCGAAGAUAGAUGCGAGAAGGACCCUACGUUCAAAUGCAAGCUCUAUGAGAAAUGCGUUGUAACUAAAGACGGGACUCCCAAAUGCGAAAGCCUUGUAAGAUAUUGUGCUGAUAACUACGAUUUUCCUGUUUGUGCAACGAACGGCAAUGAGUUCAAGACUUUUCGGAUCAGGUGUGAGUUGGCCCUCCGGAACAAAGAACUUGAUAAAGUGAUGCAGCCCCGGUUUCAGCACGUCACAAUAGGGACCUGUCCAGGUGAUCUCAACCAAGCCAUACCGCCACCGAUCCCUCUCGAAUAAACUGGACCUUGCACUUAACAAUGUACAAUCCAAUCACCAUUAGGGGAUAGGUCCAAUCGUCAGAGGGUCAUAAUCGUCGUAGGGUCACCAAUCGUCAGAGGGUCAUAAUCGUCGUAGGGUCACCAAUCGUCAUAGGGUCAUAAGCCUCGAAUUCACGAAAAAUCCAAUAGAAAUUAUUUUGAAUCUGUACCAUUCUUUUACCAAUUUGUUGAAAGUUCCUUUUGCAGCUUGUGCGAUCAUUAAGAUUCGUAAUAUUGGAAAAUUAAAAUGAAAGUGCAAUGCAUAUUAACACAAUAAUAGUUUGCGAAAUAUCAGAUCAGCUCUUAUUCAGAGGUGUAAAGUUUAACAAAGUGAAAGUAUAUAUUACUGCAAUAAGAGGGAGCGAUGCUAAUCAUGGCAUUUUGCAUUAUCAAGACAUCAUGGCCCAGGAAUUUUGGACGAUGUGACAAAGUAAAAUUGCUCGGGAGGAACAGAUCAUUUUUUUUGGGGGGGGUAAACCUUUUUUUUUCCUUGUCAAAUUAACUUCAGCACCGGAAAACAAAAUCAUUCCCAGGGCCCUGCAAGACACAGUGAUAUGCAAAGACUGCAUGCAUACACUCGAUUUAGAACUUGAAUGUUUAAUAAUGGAGCUUAAUUUCCCACUUUUGCAAUUAACGAAUAAAAGCUACAUGUAGGCCUUACUAUUUUAUUUUAAAUAAAACAAUCCACUUUGGCUCUGGUCAAACAAUGGCAAAGGUCUUGAAGUUGUCUUAUCUAUUUCCAGGAGUUUAUUAUCUUAAAUCGACUUUUUUUUAUUCAAAAAAUUAAUGGUGUCAUUACCAUAAUGAACUAUCGUGAUCAUCAUCAUCAUCACCAUCAAUGUUGCUGCAAUAAUUAUUUAUGUUCUAUGUCAUUAUUAUUUGUAUCUUUAUUCUUAUUAUUGACAUUGUCGUUAUUGUUAUCAGUGUGUUAUUGUUAUAACCAUAAUUAUGAUGAUUAUUAUCAUUGUUGCUUUUAGAUAAAUUAUUGUUUCAGAUACCAUUUCACAAAACAAAAGUCACACUUGGUGAUCGUGCAUUUGCACUUGCUGCCCCCAAACUAUGGAAUAGCCUGCCAGUUGAUAUAAGAAGCUCUCCAUCCUUGGCUCU